ACUCGCUUUUAUUUUCCGGCGCUGGUGACUUUUAUGUAAACAUGGCGAGUUUGGUUGAUGUCGGCUGGAAGCUCCUCGAAUUCAAAGCUCGGUCAAAAAGAUCAGAUUUGUGAUUUUAGCUGAGAGAGGAUUGGCCUUAAUUUCACCUUUUGAGAAUGGCCAGUUCAGUGGCUGCAACCGCCCGGCCUCAUCGGAGUUUUGACAAACUUGGCUCUAUCUAUGAACCUUUGAAGCUGUCCUUUCUCCAGCGUGAGGAUGAGCCACUGUGGAACAAGCUGGACCGCUACUACAAUGCUGUGAAGAUAACCAUUCUGAACUACCAGAGUCCUACCACUGGCCUUUUCCCAGUAAAGACAUGCCCAAACUGCAAAGAGGCCAAAAUACGGGACUCCCUGUACUGUGCUGCUGGUGCUUGGGCUCUGGCAUUGGCCUAUCGACGCAUUGAUGAUGAUAUGGGGCGGACCCACGAGCUGGAGCAUUCUGCUAUCAAGUGCAUGAGAGGGAUCCUGUACUGCUACAUGAGACAGGCUGACAAAGUGGAGCAGUUUAAACAGGAUCCCAGUCCCUCCAAAUGUUUACACUCUGUGUUCAAUGUCGACACAGGUGAUGAGGUCCUCUCCUACAGGGACUACCACCACCUGCAGAUUGAUGCAGUUUCUCUGUUUCUGCUCUACCUGGUGGAGAUGAUCUGCUCUGGUCUACAGAUCAUUUACAACACUGAUGAGGUUUCCUUCGUCCAGAACCUGGUGUUCUGUGUGGAAAGAGCCUAUAGGGUGCCUGACUAUGGCAUGUGGGAGAGAGGCAGCAAAUACAACAAUGGCAGUACUGAGCUUCAUUCCAGUUCUGUGGGUCUGGCUAAAGCUGCUCUAGAAGCUAUCAAUGGAUUCAACCUCUUUGGAAACCAGGGCUGUUCGUGGUCGGUCAUAUUUGUGGAUCUGGAUGCCCACAACAGGAACAGACAAACCCUGUCCUCUCUGCUGCCCAGAGAGUCUCGCUCCCAUAACACGGAUGCUGCUUUACUGCCGACCAUCAGCUAUCCAGCUUUUGCUGUGGAUGACGACGCCCUCUACACACAGACACUCGACAAGAUCGUUCGCAAACUGCGUGGCAAAUACGGCUUCAAACGUUUCCUCCGAGAUGGCUACCGCACUGCAAAUGAAGAUCAGAACCGCCGCUACUACAAGCCUGCUGAAAUGAAGCUUUUUGAUGGAAUCGAAUGCGAGUUUCCCAUGUUUUUCAUCUACAUGAUGAUUGACGGGGUAUUCAGGGGAAAUAAAGCUCAGGUUGAAGAGUACCAGAAGCUACUUGAGCCUGUGAUCUUCCAGUCUAAUGAGGGCCACGCUGUCAUUCCGAAAUACUACUAUGUGCCGGCUGACUUUGUGGAGGCGGAGCAGAGCAAGCAUGGAAGCCAGAAGCGGUUCCCUAGCAACUGCGGGCGUGACGGGAAGGUCUUCCUGUGGGGUCAAGCUCUUUAUAACAUCGCCAAGUUACUGGUGGAUGAGCUGAUCAGCCCCAAAGAUAUUGAUCCAGUCCAUCGUUACGUGCCACGCCAGUAUCAGCGCAAUGUCAGCAUGCGAUACUCCAAUCAGGGUCCAAUAGAGAAUGAUACUGUGAUUCAUGUGGCCCUGAUCGCUGAAAGCCAGAGACUGCAGGUGUUUCUGAACACAUAUGGCAUUCAAACCCAAACACCUCAACAGGUGGAGCCCAUCCAGAUCUGGCCUCAGAAGGAACUGGUCAAGGCAUACAGUUUCCUGGCUGUCAAUAAGAAGCUCGGCUUGAGUGGGCGCCCAGACAGGCCAGUGGGCUGCAUUGGCACCUGCAAGAUUUAUCGCAUUCUGGGAAAAACUGUGGUGUGCUACCCAAUAGUGUUUGAUCUCAGUGACUUUUACUUGUCUCAAGACGUUAUGCUGCUGAUUGAUGACAUUAAGAAUGCAUUGCAGUUCAUCAAACAGUGCUGGAAGAUGCAGGGACGGCCUCUCUUCCUGGUUCUCAUCCGCGAGGAUAACAUCAAGGGGAGCCGCUUUAAUCCAGUUUUGGAUAUGCUGGCGUCAUUCAAAAAAGGAAACAUCGGCGGUGUCAAGGUUCACGUUGACAGGCUUCAGACGCUGAUAUCUGGAGCUGUUGUGGAGCAGCUGGAUUUUCUGCGUGUCAAUGAGGCAGAAAUCCCACAGUUUAAGAGCUUUGAGGAGCUGGAGCUGCCUAAGCACUCCAAGGUGAAGAGGCAGACCAGUACGCCCAAUGCCUCUGACCUGGAGCAACAGCCUGAGAUCAGCAUUGUGGAAUGGCUUCACAAACCCACCCAGGAGAUCAUGCAGAAGUUCAAUGACUGUGACUGCUUGGCAAGUAAGGCUCAGCUUGCCGGAAUCCUUCUUAGGAGGGAAGGACCGCACUUGCUAACAAAAGACGGAAAUCUGAUGGAUGAGCUGGAGAGAAUCUAUAGAAGAGCUGGCAGCAGAAAGCUUUGGUCUGUUGUCCGUCUUGCCGCAAGUCUCUUAAGUAAACUAGUGGACAGCCUUGCCCCCAGUAUUACUAGUGUUUUAGUGCAAGGCAAGCAGGUGACCCUGGGUCUUUUCGGCCACGAGGAGGCGGUCAUCUCCAACCCCCUGUCUCCAGGCGUGAUCCAAGGCAUCAUCUACAGCAAGUGCUGCACUCUGGGUGAGGAGCGGGAGGCUGUUCUUCAGCAAGAGCUGGUUAUCCAUAUCGGGUGGAUUAUUUCCACCACCCCAGAGCUGUUCAGCGGCAUGCUCAAGAUCAGGGUCGGAUGGAUCGUCCAGGCAAUGAAGCAUGAGCUGCAGAUUCGGGCCAGAGACAUGCCACCUCAGGAUAUCUACCAGCUCUCGCCAAGUGACAUCAAGCAGCUCCUGAUGGAUGUCCUGCAGCCACAGUACACUGCCAGGUCAUGGCUGAACAGGCGUCAGAUCGAUGGCUCUCUGAACAGAACCCCUCUGGGCUUUUAUGAUCGUGUGUGGCAGAUCCUGGAGAGGACCCCCAAUGGUAUUAAGGUGGCUGGAGUUCACCUGCCUCAGCAACCAACUCUCUCUGACAUGACCAUGUAUGAGAUGAACUUCUCUCUGCUGGUGGAGGACACACUGAAGAACAUCGACCUUCCUGAAUACAGGCAAAUUAUUGUGGAGCUGCUGAUGGUAGUGUCCAUCGUGCUUGAGAGAAACCCUGAGCUGGAGUUCAGUGAGAAGGUGGAUUUGGAUGGUCUGGUGAAGGAUGCCUUCAAAGAUUUCCAGAGGGAUCGCAGUUCCACUGAAGGCAUGGAGAAAAAGGCUGACAUGGAGGCAUUUUACAACACACCACCAACGGGUCAGAGAGGCACCUCCAGCUACUUGACCAAAGCAGUCAUGAUCCAGUUACUGCAAGGGGAUGUCAAGCCGUGCAAAGACGACCCGUGUUCCGUUAGCUAGAAACUCUUUGACUCACUAAAUCCCGACCGGUCCGUGUCAUAAUCGAAGCUGUCUUCUGCCAUACCGUCCUCACUCCUACAAGCUACAGUAUUGUUUUGACAUUCGUCAUGGCAACAGUGGACAACGUGAGCUGAAGUUAGAAAUUGGUUAAUUUGUUAAUGCCAUGUGAUGAGCAUAUUUACCCUCCAGUUAUUAAUGGGAAUAAUGUGAAGACACAUUACUAAUGGAGGACUUGACACAUGGUAAAAAUACCAUGUUCAGCUUUUACAGCAAUACGUCUGACUUUAUUUUACUUUAUGCUACACUAGUCUGUCAAAUUAACUGUCAAAACACAAUGUAAAGUGGACAUUCGCAUUUGGGGCACACGGCGGACAAAAGUGAUGUACUUUAUUUAGAGAACAAAUCCUGAAAACAACCACUGUGCUGCAUGGACUUAAGUUUUUUGUGUUGCUUGCAGAUCCACAUUAAAAGUUCUGAAUUUGG